GUCCUCUCGCGAGAUUUGUGGUCAGGCGGCUGCCAGAACCCGGAAGUGCUGGUGAAGGGAGAGAAGGAAGAGCUGAGGAUGGACGACACAUUGUUUCAGUUGAAGUUCACAGCCAAGCAGCUGGAGAAACUCGCCAAGAAAGCGGAGAAAGAUUCCAACAGCGAGAACACCAAAGUGAAAAAGGCUCUGCAGCAGAAGAAUGUGGAGGUUGCUCGGGUCUACGCCGAGAAUGCGAUCCGCAAGAAGAACGAGGGGCUGAACUGGCUGCGGAUGGCCUCCAGGGUUGAUGCCGUGGCCUCUAAAGUGCAGACGGCGGUCACUAUGAAAGGGGUGACGAAGAACAUGGCUCAGGUGACGAAGUCUCUGGACAAAGCUCUGAACUCCAUGGAUCUGCAGAAGGUCUCGGCGGUGAUGGAUAAGUUUGAGCAGCAGGUGCAGAAUCUGGAUGUACACACCUCGGUGAUGGAGGACUCCAUGAGCUCCGCCAUGACACUGACCACCCCGCAGGAACAGGUAGACAGUCUUAUCCUGCAGAUUGCGGAGGAGAAUGGGCUGGAGGUGAUGGAUCAGCUGAACCAACUUCCGCAAGGAGCGACAUCGGUAGGAGAGAGCUCCACCCGCGCGCCGGAGGACCAGCUGUCCCGCAGACUGGCGGCCCUGAGGAACUGACGUCCUGCUUCUUCUUCUGCACCCCCCUCUCUCCUGGGCUGGAACGUUCUGGAGUCUUGGGGUACACUGGGGUCACUUUAUCACGCUGUGGCCUUCGCCGAUCAUUUUGGGAGGAUAUGGGGGCCCCUGGGCUGUACUGCUGCUUCUCUCCAGUUUCUGUGUUCUUCCAGUUCUUGAAGCUGGUCCGUUUUUUCAUUGAUGUCUUGGUGCAUGCUAUAAAGCCUCAGCAAUACCGCCCC